AUGGCCUAUUGCCGAUAUAUCAAUAAAAUGCUGAAACAAGAUUCCGACUGUCGUCCAUAUCUGCCGUUAGACCCAUUCAAUGAUGAUUUAUAUAAGACCACAAAAAAUGGGAUUCUGCUAUGCAAACUAGUGAAUAUCUCAUUCCCGCACGCGAUUGAUGAGCGUGCAGUGCACAAAAAUGCGAUCAUAUUCUAUCCGAGUCAAAUGGUUGACAAUGUGCUCUUAGCACUGACCGCGGCCCAGUGUAACGGAUGUCCUGUGACGGAUUUCACCGUGGAUGACCUGACUAACAAUUCGGCGUUGUCCCGAUGCGUGAUACUUGAAGUGGUGUGGCAAAUUAUAAAAUGCGGAUUUUUCCGUGCCAUGAAUUUGCACGAGCAUCCGGAGUUGUGCAAACUGAAACAGCCCGAGGAAGAGGUGAGCGAUCUCAAAUGCAUUCCACCGGAGGAUUUGUUAAUGCGUUAUGUGAACUUCCAUCUGAAACAUGUUGGUGUGGAUAAACAAUUGAAUGAUAUUGGGAUCGAGUUGGCCGAUUGUGUAAUCUAUGCACACCUGUUGCCCUCGAUCGCUCCGGUUACCAUUCGGGGGCGACUGAUUCCACCAGGGCAGGUGUUGUUGGAUGAUAAUAUUGCGAAUCGAGCCAAAGCGGUGUUGCAAAAUUUGCGUGAAAUGGAGGCAGAUAUGUUUUUGUGUUUGAACGACUUUACCGAAAGCCAAGUACAUUUAGAAUCCCGCGCGCGGCUGCAUUUGGCAACAAUCGCCUAUUUGUUCUCCAAGUUCCCGGGUGAGUUAGUCAAUCCGCGUCGUGCGAAUGAACCACGUACCAGUGAGCCGGUGAGUGAGUUGAGCAGUCGAGAUUUUGUCAACUCCAUGGCUGUCAAUCCGUUCGCCACACAUGUGUGCUACAACCUUCGGGAUGGACUGAUGAGUCGUCAGUUAUUCGAGGUGCUUCGUGCUGGGUACACAAAAGGACUGAAGUUUAUCGUGGAGUUUGACAAAAUUCGACGUAUUGCACAGUUUAUCUACAACAACACAAAUAUAGUUCGUUUAGUUCAAGGAUAUCCGCUACCACUUCCUCAUUUGGAUGCUGAAAAAUUGUCCCGUACAGAUGAACCGUGUUGUUUGAGUAUGUUGCUGGAAAUUUUACGCGCCUACAUAACUCUUGAUCACUAUGAUGAGGUGGAAUUGCUACGAUGGACGAACGAACAACUGUAUCGAGCCGGUCGAUCUGUGGAAUUGCGCAGUUUCAAUGAUCGUGUGAUUGCCGAGGAGAAUCUGUUCGCGGUGGUGUUGAAUAAUCUGACUAAUGGAAUGGCUGAUAGCCGACAUUUGACAUCAAAAAAACUGGACAACGCGGCCUAUUCAAUCUCAGUCGCACACAAAGCCGGCUAUCCGGUCUAUACGAAACCGGAACAUUUUGUCUCCUGUAAUGGAGCAUUUGUUUCUCUCGCUUUUGCCACGCUCCGUUGGCAUGCACCUCGCCACUGA